GCAAUGGGAAAGCCGGUCGAGAAAAAACGAAAGAAGAAACUGUCUCACCAGCCUGAUCCGGAAAUAAAUGUUUCCAGUGAUAAGAACAUUUUGGGUGAUGAAGUCUCUAAGAAAGAUCUAUUUUCUUUGGAUAGUGAGAUGCUAGAAGAAAAUGAGAUCAUUGUUGAUGACUUUGGCGAUAUUGAAGAACUUGAGACUAAGUCGCUGGAGGAUGAACCCCCAGAAAAAAGUGAUACUGAACUAGAGGAUGCUACUGUUCAGCUUAACGUCGAGGAACCCGAAGGGCCCGAUGUGGCCGAUGUCACCUUUCUUGAUCAACGCAUAAGGUCAUGGAUUAUCAUGUUGAAAAACUUCAAAAAAAGUGCCCAACCAGGGCUUAGUCGCAAGUCCUGCAUACACAGCCUUCUAGACGAUAUUUGCAAGCGAUAUUCAUACAAUAACUUCUUAGCACACAAGCUUUUUGAUUUAUUCCCGAAAGAGCUAAUAGAAGCUCUUGAGGCAAAUGAGGUCGAUCGACCUGUCACAAUUCGAACCAAUACACUGAAAACCAGAAGACGAGAGCUCGCCCAGGCUCUAAUAAACCGAGGUGUCAACCUUGAUCCACUUGAACCUUGGAGCAAAGUUGGUUUAGUGGUGUAUUCCUCUCAAGUACCGCUUGGUGCUACUCCGGAAUAUCUGGCUGGUCAUUAUAUUCUUCAAGGUGCCAGCUCCAUGUUGCCGGUGAUGGCAUUGGCACCAAAACCGGAAGAAAGAGUUCUCGAUCUCUGUGCUGCACCUGGGGGUAAAGCAACAUAUAUUGCAUUUCAAUCAGUAAAAAAUGAUGAAUCAUUCGAUACAAUCAAGUAG